UCGAGCUUUGAAACUGAUGUUUUUAGUUUUUUUACCACAGCAGUCAAGAAUACAGAAUAUCCGCUACAUAUUUUUUGACCAGCCUCUGCAUAGUAAGAAACUACAACUCCCAACAGUCCCCUCGGCAACAUCCAUGCGCCGCAGUCAAUCAGCUGUUGAGGCAACUGCUGACUAUCUCCGCACAAGGGUAGCUCGUUUGUCAUAAACUCAGACGAGGCAAACAGAAAUUUAUUUACAGAGUCCCAAAAAGGUGAACGAUAAAGCUCAGCAAACCAUGCAGGAUGAUUUACUGAUGGACAAAAACAAAGCCCAGCCUCACCAUCAGCAAGAUCCGACGCAAGUAGACCCCCCUCCCUCCACCCCGACCCCGUCAUCGGAACCCACUUCUUCUUCAUCGGAGUCGGAGAGCCCGUCGACCGUUAGCAACCAAGCGGCGUCAGCGCUGAACAGCAGCAGCAGCAAGGACAAAGUGCCGAUGGAGUCGCCGAUCCUGCCCGGGUUGAGCUUCCACCACCAGCCGCAGGAGACCGGCGGCCCCCUUUCCUCGCCGUCCUCCUCUUUUGGGAGCACUUGGUCCACGGGGACCUCAAACGCCGUGGACGACAGCUUUUUCCAGGGAAUACCUUCGGUGAACGGGACGAUGCUUUUCCAGAACUUCCCCCACCACGUCAACCCGGUCUUCGGGGGUAAUUUCUCGCCGCAGAUCGGUCUGGCUCCACAGCCCCAGCAGCAUCAACAGCAGCAGAGGAGAUCUCCUGUCAGCCCCAGCCAAGGGUCCUUUCCCCAGAGAAACGCUUAUCAGACCAUCAUGAAUAACAGCAAAGGGUCUUCGUCUUCGUCUUCGUCUUCAUCUUCUGCCUCGUCGUCCGCUUGGAAUAAUCACCAGAACGCCGCGUGGAGCACUGCCUCCAACCCUUGGAGCGGGCUGCAGGCGGGCAGGGACCCGCGCCGAGCGGUCGGCGUCGGGGUGCCGUCCACCCUGAACCCCAUCUCGCCUAUGAAAAAGCCCUAUACCAGCAAUGUCAUCGCUCCCCCCAAAUUCCCAAGACCUGGUCCCCUCGGCCCCAAGCCCUGGAUGGAUGACAGCUCCUUCAGGACUGACAACAGCAACAACAUACUGCCUUUCCAGGACCGGAAUCGGCCCUUUGAUGCUUUUAGCUUGCACUCUUUGGAGAAUUCCUUAAUGGAUAUGAUAAGGACUGACCAUGACAAAGGACGCAUGGGCCUGAACUUUCAUCAUCCCGGAGCGGAGCACAUCAUGCCGUUGAAUACCCGGAGCUAUGGCCGCAGAAGAGGUCGUUCCUGUCUCUUCCCCUUUGAAGAUGGUUUCCUCGACGACGGUCACGGUGACUCCUCCUUGACCCCGGGCCUGAACUCGCCCACCCGCUGUCAGAACGGAGAGAGGAUGGAGCGCUACUCCAGGAAGGUCUUUGUCGGAGGCCUCCCCCCUGACAUAGACGAAGAUGAAAUCACCAACAGUUUCCGUCGCUAUGGGCACCUGGUGGUCGACUGGCCCCACAAAGCUGAGAGCAAAUCCUACUUCCCACCUAAAGGCUACGCCUUCCUGCUCUUCCAGGAAGAGACUUCUGUCCAGGCCUUGAUUGACGCCUGCAUCGAAGAGGACGGCAAGCUCUACCUGUGUGUGUCCAGCCCCACCAUCAAAGACAAACCGGUCCAGAUCCGUCCCUGGAACCUGAGCGAUAGUGACUUUGUCAUGGACGGCUCCCAGCCUCUGGACCCCCGCAAGACCAUCUUUGUAGGGGGGGUGCCGCGGCCCCUGCGUGCAGUGGAGCUGGCUAUGAUCAUGGACCGGCUGUACGGAGGCGUCUGCUACGCCGGCAUCGACACCGACCCCGAGCUCAAAUACCCGAAGGGAGCCGGCCGUGUGGCCUUCUCCAAUCAGCAGAGCUACAUCGCCGCCAUCAGCGCUCGCUUCGUUCAGCUGCAGCACAAUGACAUCGACAAAAGGGUGGAGGUGAAGCCGUACGUCCUGGACGACCAGAUGUGCGACGAGUGCCAGGGGGCCCGCUGCGGGGGGAAGUUCGCCCCCUUCUUCUGUGCCAAUGUCACCUGCCUGCAGUACUACUGCGAGUACUGCUGGGCAAGUAUCCACUCACGGGCCGGCCGAGAGUUUCACAAGCCACUGGUGAAAGAGGGCGGCGACCGCCCACGACACGUGUCCUUCCGCUGGAGCUGAGGGAGCUGAGGGGGCGGGGGGGGGGGAGAAGUAGACGAGUCCGCCCUGCCCCCGGCGAAAACACCCGUACCCGACCUUUAGAAACCCCCCCAACCCCCUCCUCCUACCCCACAGGCCGGGACAGCGCUGGAAGCCCCACCCACAGCCCCACCUACUCCACCCUGCUCCCCGCAAACACCUCGUGAGAAAAUUACAGCAAAAAAGGAUACCGUCAAACACACGGGACUCUCUUCAUACCCCACAGCUCGGAACUUAUCUUCUACCGCUCCCCUCUGGAAAAGCAGUGUGGGAGGGGGGGUAAUGAAAUGCGAAAAGUCUAUCAGCUUAGAAUUUGCACUUUGGCACAACAAUCUCACACACACAUGGGAUGGUAUGCUAGACACCCGGCUACUUUCAGUUCCCUUGUUCUGUUGACUUGGUGGUGUGGUACGUCCCGUUGGACCCCCUCCUCACUGAGACAGAGGUGGGACCAUACAAAUAUUUAAAAAGUAUAUUUUUUUUGUUUGUUUUGUACCUAUAUAUACAUACAUAGAUAAUUAAACAUUUUAUGUAAAAGGAGCAUGCACUUAUUUUCAAAAGCUGUAGUUAUAUUGCCCCUACUAGAAAAAAAAACGAAUUUACCAAAGGCAAAUGAAACAAAUGCAUACAGAGGAGCUAAACAGGCGGCAUAAGAUGUAGCAGGACUCACCAGCGGUCCAGUAGUCGCCCAGAGUACCAAUACCGCGGCUAUAUUUGCUCUCAAUUCUGACUCUGAAAAUAUUAAUACCUCAUUCGCGCAAUCAGAUUAGUUUGCUUUUGGUUUCUAGGUCUUUUAUUUUUAUAAUAACAUACUUUUUUUUGGUGUUAUGUAAAUGUAAUGCUUCACUAGCUUUGCUGCUAAAGCCGUGGUAUGAACCAAUGCCACAAGUACUUUAUUCAGGCUGGGGUGUAAAAUAACAGAUCAAGAGAAACACCUGGCGUUGUAGAAUGACGAGCUAUCGCCAUCGCGGUGGGACAACGAUGGCUACCUUUGUGUGGUGGAGGGCGUAGCGGGGGAGGGGUGGGUUUCGCCCCCCUAACUGCAUGUUUAUUUCAAUCAGGUUGCUGCAUGCAAUAGACUUUUCAGUGUCACGUCUACUAUUAGGACUCUCCCCGUGUUUGCACAACACGCUGCGGACGCAGAGUGCGUUCGACGAGACUGGACAGAAACAGGGAAACAAUGGCGGCUCCGAGUCGCAAAGACGACAGAGCGGGUGGGUUGGGUUGGGUUGGGGGGGGGGGGGGGCAAACAAAAACAAACAACCUUAAUAAUCACGAAUCAAAUGUAGGAUUACCAUUUACAACUGUCUAUGAUAGGUGAAGUACUUUUUUGCAGUGAUUGUCGAUAUAAUUGUGCAAUUUUUUAUACCGUACGUAGUUAGGUCUGAGUAUGCCUAGAACUGUGAUUCGCUUUAACUGUCGUCAGUGUCCGACAUCGAAGUCCUGUGAAACUUCAUAACUAGUGUAUGCACACGUAUAUAUGUUCUCUCGUACACACACUUGCACCAGUAUACACAGAGGCCUCUUGACACACGAACACACACACACGGACGGCUGUCUUUCUUACGCACACAAACAGGCCUACAGAGUCUGAUCCGAAGAGAAGGCGCGACAAUGUGAGCUUAAACUGAGAACCGAGGUCUUUGAUUUUAGUUUUUCCACCGUUAACAAAAGAAACGAGAGAAAAAAAAGCGCACGUUUACGUCUCCGAAUGCAACCAAAGAGCUCACUUGUUCGACCUUGAAACAAGACCGCCGGACACGCAUAGCGAAACCGCCACCUGCAGGAGGCGCCAGAAGGUGUGUAUGAUUUACGCCAAGGGAAAAUAGGGCAGGUGGGAGGGAGAGUCGGGGUGGGUGGGAUAACAAAAAAAACGUUGAAGCUACUGGAGGUUGAUAAACUGAGCUCUGCACGUGCUCUUA